AUGGGCAGCUUAGUUGGGCAUGUUAUACCAGGAUUGGGGUUUCUUCUCAUUGGCUUAUGGCACCUAUUUAAUCACAUCAAGCUCCAUCUUCACCAACCCAACUCCUACAGAGCUCCACCAUGGUUUCCCACCUCCAAAUUCAAGUACUUGGAGCUCAUCGUAAUCAUGGGAGGAUCCUUUGCCUCCGUUUCCAUGGAACUCUUCAUAAGCCCACAUAAACACCAACCUCUUGAUGAUGAUGGAACCAUCCCCUCCUACCAUCUUCACAACUUUGAACACUCUUCAAUUUCCAUGAAUUUCUUGGUCUAUGCAGCUUUUGCAAUCAUUCUUGACAAAGUAGGCUCAAAAGCCCAAUAUGGUUUGACCCAACUUCUUGGAGCCAUAGCCUUUGGGCAGCAGCUUCUUCUCUUUCAUCUUCACUCUGCUGAUCACAUGGGCCCUGAAGGCCAAUACCACAUGCUUCUACAGCUUGUGAUUCUUGUUUCUUUGGCCACAACCCUCUUGGGAAUUGGUCUCCCUAAGAGUUUCUUGGUCAGCUUUGUGAGGUCACUAAGCAUAUUUUUCCAAGGUCUUUGGCUUAUGGUCAUGGGUUUCAUGCUUUGGACACCUGAGUUGAUUCCAAAAGGUUGUUUCAUGAACUCAGAGGAGGGUCACUUUGUGGUUAGGUGCCAGGGAGAGGAGGCACUUCACAGAGCCAAGUCCUUAGUGAACCUUCAAUUUAGCUGGUUCUUGGUGGGAGUAUCAAUUUUUGGGGUGUCCUUCUAUUUGGCACUGGUUAAAUUUUAUGGAGAAAAGGUUGAUUAUUUUUCACUGGCAAGGCAAAUAGAAGAAGAUGAAGAUGACCCAGCUGAUGAUGUUGAAUCCCAAAAGAUGAGUAAGCUUGGAGACUCAAAGAGUUUUAUAAAUCAUAUGGAAAAAACUGCCUUUGUGCCCAAAGAUAUGGAAAGGUAG